AUGGCAGCACGGCCGGAGAGGGCGGGGGCCUAUCUGAACAACAGCAGCAAACCCGAGGGAGAGUUGCUCCCUACUCCGCAUGCCCCCGCAAAGAGCGACGGGACCUUGGCUGGAGAUGAGCUACCCAUGGCAGCGAGCCGAGGAGCCGGGCCAUUUGUGGGGGGGGAGGGACGGACAUCUGGAGUUCCUGAAGUUAUGAAGUUAAUAUUUGGCAUGGCAUGGGAGGGAUAG